AUGGACAAAUCCGAGAGACAAAACCCUUCGGAGAUGUUGGGAGCCCAUCCCAACGGACCGAACGGGCCCUACACACCUCCUCUCACCCCAGCCCUUCACAUUGAUAGCCCUGGCACCACCGACACCAGAGGCCAGCUCUCCAUCGACCAUCUUCACAUCGUCCACAGUCCAGCCGAUUUGACGCAUGACAGCGUAAGGAACCGGACAGAGACAGAGCCCAACCUGCGACACAGAAGAGUCCGAACCGCCGACUCGGAAUCCUCUUCCUCAACCGAAGCAGCCAUGUCCAGCUCCUCCUCCAGCCCCAACCCCCGAGCAGCCUCUGUCUUUAGCACCCAAACCCUCAUCAGCGAGGAAACCGCCCCUCCUCCCAGAGCCACAACCCCCUCCCGCCAGGACUCCCACCCCAUCGAAACCUACGAGGGCCACCAGCAAGACCCCUCCCCUCACAGCACCUCCCGGGCCAAGAUCAGGGGGUACACCGACGGGAGAGACGACAAGGCUUUUCCUCGCAUCUCCAAGCCGCUUGAGCUGCUGAGGGGAUCGUACGACGUGGUUGUGAUCGGAUCUGGGUAUGGCGGUGCUGGCGCCGGCGUUUUUAAAGGGGAAGCUGGUGGAGGGCGGGAACCCUACCGGCAUGUAUCAUAUGAUUUUUGGGAAGGGACAGAAUGCGGUUGUUUUCUGAUCAAUGCGAAUGUGUUUAUGGAGGCGGAUAAGCAGACGCUGUCUAUGAAGCCCUGGCCUAAGGAGAUUAGGGAAAACCCAAAGGGCUUGGAUAAGUACUACAAGAAGGUGGAACAGGUCCUUGAACCUACCGAGUACCCCAGCGAGUGGCCCGAACUCCCCAAGACCAAAGUCUUCAAGGAACAAGCCGAAAACCUGGGCAUGGGUCACAAGUUCAAGAAGGUCAAGCAGACAACACGCUUUCGCAAUGGUCCCAACAGCUGCGGCGUUGAGAUGUCCCCAUCCAGCCUCACAGGCCAGGACGCCACGGGGGUCAACGACGGCUCCAAAACCACCACCCUCGUCACCUACCUAGCCGACGCCUGGAACUGGGGCGCCGAAAUGUUCUGCGAGUGCGAGGUGCGGUAUAUCCAAAAGGACGAGAAAGAAGGCUACCGCGUCUUCUUCGCCUGGCACGGCAGGAACCGCGGGCUCUUCAAAGGCUAUCUUCACAACGACCUUAUGUGGGUCCAUGCGAAAAAGGCCGUCUUCCUCGGUGCCGGCGCCAUCGCUUCGACCGAGAUCCUACUCAGGAGCAAGGCUAUGGGCCUUUCCAUGAGUGACAGUGUCGGACAGAACAUGAGCGGGAACGGCGACAUGUUGGCGUUUGGAUACAACACCGACAGACACGUCAACGGGAUGGGCAAGCCGGUCCCGUCGCCGUAUAACCCCAUCGGGCCAACGAUUACGAGUGUGAUUGAUAACCGGGAGGGACACGAGAACCCGUUGGAUGGGUAUGUGAUCGAGGAGGGGGCUAUUCCCCAUGCUCUGUCGCAUCUUUUCCAGGUCAUGUUGGACUUCAUGCCGGGAAAGAAGGACCCGAGGGAUGAUACUAUCAUCGAGAAGACGCAGGCUGCUCUGGCGAGAUGGGGUUCUAGACUUUUGGGACCCUACUUCAAGAAUGGCGCUACGGAACGGACGCAGGUGUAUCUGGUCAUGUCGCAUGACAGCAAUCAGGCCAUGCUGUCGCUGAAGGACGACAAGCCCGUUCUAGAAUUCCUCGGCGUCGCUCGCAGCCACCACGUCAAGAAGCUCAACAACAUCUUGGAGCGGGCGACAGAGUAUGUUGGAGGUACCUUGGUACACAGCCCCUUUUACGGGAUCAUGGGCCAGCAGAUCACGGUUCAUCCCAUUGGUGGUGCCUGCAUGGCUCGAGACAAUACGGGGAGGACUGGUGUUACCAACCACGUCGGUCAGCUCUUUAGCGGAAACGGAGCGGAAGUCCAUGACGGGUUUGUGGUUACAGAUGCCUCUGUGAUUCCGACUGCGCUGGGUGCCAACCCUUUUGCCACUAUCGCCGCUUUGGCAGAACGAUCGGUGGAGGCGUACUGCGAGUCCAAGGAGCUCAAGAUUAGCGAGGAGAAGAAUGGCAUUCUCAACUUGCUCGGGGAGCCGGCGCAUGCUCCCAAGCGGUGCAGGCCCAAGCAGAGGCGGGAGCAGUUGAAGGCUGAGGAAGAGCUGAUCAGCAUUCAGACGGCAAAGAAGGUCAUGGACAAGGCUCGGAUUGUCAAGGCUAGCGGCAUUGGCUUUACCGAGGUCAUGUCUGGCUUUCUUCAUGCUGAUACCAAGAUGACCGAGGAUAACCGGGCGACGUAUGAGCUUGCUCAUCGCAUUGGUAAGUCGCUCUGUGAGAGCGCGAGGUUCUUCCUCAGCGUGCAGUCUUUCAACACCAAGGAGAUGAUCAGCCAUGUGCAGCAUCGUGGGAUGCUGACCGGCACUUUUGUCUGCCCGGCCAUUCGUGGGUCCCCGUUCAUGGUGCAGAGAGGAGAGUUUAAUCUGUUCAUUCUCAACUCCAAAGCUCCGGGGACUCGCAACCUGACCUACGACUUUGACAUGACUGGUGUCGAUGGCAGGAGGCUGCACUUCCACGGCUACAAGGUGGUUGACUCGUCGGUUGCCCUGGCCCCUAUCCAGUUCUGGAAGGCAACCAGCACCCUCUACGUGACCAUCAGCGAGCACGUCCCAGGCAUGUGCCGCGAUCUCGACGACGAGGACGCCUGGCGCAGAGGCGCCCCCAUCGCAAAGGGCAUCAUGCAAAUCCAACCUAGCGACUUCCUCUCCCAGAUCAACACCAUGACCACCACCGGCAGCAGCUUCAUCCGCAAAGCCGUCAGCGCCGCCAGUUUCCUGACUUACUUCACCCGCCGCUCCAUGUCCCUCUUCCUCGCCCCUCUCACCCCCCUCCAAUACCCAACCCAAACGUUUACCGGCUUCACAAACGACACCAACCCCGACAGCUCCUACGCCAUCGUCGCCUCGGACGGCGUAACAACCCGCAUGCACAAAUGGGAGCCCACCCACGUCCCAGAAGGCCACCAGGUAAAAGACCUCUUCAUGAUCCCCGGUGCGAGCGUCGACCACCAAAUCUUUGCCCUCCCCACCAUCCCCUUCAACGCAGUCAACUACUUCCGUCGAGCAGGCUACCGCGUCUGGGUGUCCGUCCACCGCAUCGGCCAGCUCAUGAUCGCAGGCAACAACUGGACAACGUUUGACGCCCGCCUCGACCUCCGCGCCUGCCUGGAAUACAUCCGCAAAUCCCAGACCACCACCCUCACCCCCAAACUCGCCUCCCCGGAAAAAGUCUACUGCGUCGCCCACUGCAUGGGCUCGGUAGCCUUCUCCUCCGGCCUCCUAGACGGGACAAUCCCCCCCUCCUGGAUCUUGGGGAUAAACUGCUCACAGGUAUUCAUGAACCCCAUCUGGGGACCCGCCAACAUGGCCAAAGUCAUGGCUGGCGGUCCUUUGCCUCUUGACAAGUUAUACAACGCCGUCUGCGGCUCUUGGUUCAGCUGCUCGACGAGCAAAGACGAGGGAUGGGCUCAGUAUCUCCUUAACCAAGCCCUGAGGUUAUACCCCCAAUCCCGCAAAGAAAUGUGCAACAAUGCCGCCUGCCACCGAACUUCGUUGGUGUUUGGUCGGUGCUGGAACCACCACAACCUCAACGAGGCUACACACCGGCAGAUCGACCGGUUUUUCGGGGGGGUGAACAUGCGGUUGCUGAAUUUGCUCAUGAAGAUGGGCUACGAGGGUCAUGUCAUGACCAAUGCGCCAAUGUAUGAACCCCUGGACACGAGGGAGAAUGUCCAACGACUAAAAGGGAUACCGAUCAUGCUCUGGGUGGGGAGGGACAACGCUGUCUUGUCGCCCGAGGCUACCGAGCGGACGUACGAGGUGUUGUGCAGCCAGUUUGAGGACGGGGAUUACAAGCGCAAGGUUGUGCCGGGGUAUGGGCAUCUGGAUGGGUGGAUGGGGAGGAACGCGUGGAGGGAUGUGUACCCGUUUGUGAGGGAGGAGGUGGACAGGGUGGUGAGGGGGGAAGGGUACAGGUUUGAGGAGCCGGAUGAUGAGUUCAAGGCGAUGGUGCACGGGAAUGAAAUUUAUUAUUAG